UUGUUUAUUAAGGGCUUGUUGAGCUGUGCCCUCAGCAUUAACCCUGUGACUUCUUGUUGUCUAGACCUGUUUGUUUGUGUGUGUGGGAACCUUGUUGGAUAUUUGGCUUGGGCAGUGGCUUUAUAAUAUAAAGCGGGACGAAAGCCUUUUUGGUAAAAGGAAUAUAAGUAGGAGGGAGUAUCGUCUUUCUUUUAUUUUUUCAGGAGAUGUUUUAUCGCCGUUCUUGGAUUGCAGAAAGCGAGCAAGAAAUUAAACUCGAAAAGGAAAAGUUUUUUUAAAUAUAAAUUUGGAAAAGAAAAGCAAAAAAGGCGAGACGAGAAGUUCCCCACCCUUGUUAAGCUCCCGGCCCAUUUGCUAAACUAGGCGCCAACUCCUCGCCGCCUCCCGCGAUUUCCUCCCCAAUCCAUUUCGCUCCUCCUCCGCCCCGUCGACGAACAGAGCGGUCCGUGCCAUGCCGCGGCAGGGGCGACGGGGAAGAGGGCGCGACCGGCCGGGCCGCGCCUGAGCGAGGUGGGGUGAUCGGGCGGCGCCAAUGGACGAGUCCGGGGACGCCGGCAGGGGAGGGAGGGGCGGCGGGAGGUCGAGGCAGAAUGGGGGCCGCUCGUCGGUUCGGCUCGGCGUGCGGAUGGAGUUCAGGUUCUCCGGCUUCCACGCCGUUCAGGUACCAGUAGUAUCAGACAGGCUGCUCAUUACAAUCACGUCAGUAGACAGUGGAAAAACAAUUGCCAAGUCAAGUAAAGCGGCUGCUAUUAAUGGAGCCUGUCAAUGGCAUGACUCCAUCCUGCAAGCAAUUCGGUUUCCUAAAGAUGAAGUGUCACACGAAUUUCAGGAGUGCCAGUGCAAGAUUGUUGUUUCCAUGGGAUCAACAAGAACUGCUGUUCUUGGGGAAGCGUACCUAAAUCUGACGAACUAUCUCAGUUCAUCAGACUCCACUGACAUCUCUUUGCCAUUGGACAAGUGCAAUUCUGGCACAGUUUUACAGCUUAAGAUUCAAUGUCUUGGUGCAAAAUCUAAAUCAAGUGGGAAAUCAUGGAAAGAGCUAUCUUCUAAUCUUAAGGAGAGUCCAACCAAUGAUGAGAUGGACAAAAAGCCAGACGUCUUUGACAUUCUGUUGAAGUUGAACAAGGGUGCUCAGUCUUUGUCAGAAAAUAAUUUAGAAGCUGAUAAUGCAGAUGAAUCUGGAAAUAGGGAUGCAAGUUUCUCAGCAUCAAAGUCUCAUGGUGAUGAUUCAUCCAAAAAUCACCUUGACACCGCCGAAGAAAAACUUGAGGAAUUACGUAACGCGGCAAAAAUGUGGGAGAGACAUUCUCGCAAGUUGAAAAUUGAACGGAAGACAUUGAAGAAUGAGUGUGCUGACAAAUCCAAGCAACAGGCUGAGCUAGAACGGCAACUUUCUGCUUCACUUUCUGAACAGGAUUCCUUGAGGCAAGAAAUUGAACAAGUAACAGCCCAACUGAACAAGACCCAAGAGACCAAUAUAGAGCUUGUUUCCAUUCUCCAAGAACUGGAAGAAACGAUAGAACUGCAGAGAGUGGAAAUGUCCAAACUUCCCCAAGUGAGUGAUGUGGCUGACCACGAGGUCUCCAAAAGUGAAUCGACAGUUCAAGAAGCUGCAGAAUGGGCUAGAAUACUGUCACAAAAAGAAGAUGAAAUCACAGUGUUGAGGGAGAAACUGAACCGUGUUCUCAAAAUGGAGAAUGCAGAUGGUGCAGGCCCAGAUGCUAUUUAUCUUGAAUUGGAAAAAGAAAAUGAUUUUUUGAAGGUCAAAAUGCAGGAGCUUGAGAAUGACUGUUCUGAAUUAACGGAGGAAAAUUUCAGGCUUAUAUACAAGUUGAAAGAAGCGAGUGGGGUGGCGAAAGAAGAGGAUCCCUGCAUUUCUAAUAGUGAAGAAAUGCCCAAUGUGGGGAGCCCAACAUAUAAGAUAAAACACCUAGAGAGAAAAUGUGCUGACCUUGAGUUGAAUCUGGAGAAUUUUAGGUCCGAGUUCAGUGGGCUAGAAGAGAAGUUCCAGAAAAGCCAAGAGGAGUUAAAAGAGAGAACACUUGAAUUAUCUGAGCUGAGGGAAAAGCUCUCCCAUGCCACUGAACUGGAGGGGGCUGACACUGGUAGUUCAAAACAUUACAGACUGAGAAGUGAAGAACCUGAUGAUACUGAAACUGACUUAGAUGUGUUGAAGCGUACAGUUCAGCUGAAAGAACAAGGGAUCGAUGGUUUGCAACACUAUACGAGAGAAAUGGAGAACACCAUUGCUGAUAUUCAGAAAGAGAAGAGUCAGUUAGAGGAACGUUUGGCAGCAUCACUUCAAGAAAGUAGCAUGACUUCAAAAUGCUUGGUUGAAGCGCAUGAAGAUCUCAUGCUUACCAGCAGUGUAGAUUCCCAUGUUUCUGCCAAUGAGGUUCUCGAAACAAAGAUCAGUGAGCUUGUGCAUACAGUUCAGCUGAAAGAACAAGAGAUCGAUGGUUUGCAACACUGUAUGAGAGAAAUGGAGAACACCAUUGCUGAUAUUCAGAAAGAGAAGAGUCAGUUAGAGGAACGUUUGGCAGCAUCACUUCAAGAAAGUAGCAUGACUUCAAAAUGCUUGGUUGAAGCGCAUGAAGAUCUCGUGCUUACCAGCAGUGUAGAUUCCCAUGUUUCUGCCAAUGAGGUUCUCGAAACAAAGAUCAGUGAGCGUGCAGUUAUGCUGAAAGAACAGGAGAUCGAUGGUUCGCAACAUUGUGCGAGAGAAAUGGAGAACACCAUUGCUGAUAUUCAGAAGGAGAAGAGUCAGUUAGAGGAACGUUUGGCAGCAUCACUUGAAGAAAGUAGCAUGACUUCAAAAUGCUUGGAUGAAGCGCGUGAAAAUCUCCGUGUGCUUACCAGCAGUGUAGAUUCCCAUGUUUCUGCCAAUGAGGUUCUCGAAACAAAGAUCAGUGAGCUUGUGCGCACAGUUAUGCUGAAAGAACAGGAGAUCGAUAGUUUGCAACAUUGUAGGGGAGAAAUGGAGAACACCAUUGCUGAUAUUCAGAAGGAGAAGAGUCAGUUAGAGGAACGUUUGGCAGCAUCACUUGAAGAAACUAGCAUGACUUCAAAAUGGUUGGAUGAAGCGCGAGAAGAACUCCUUGUGCUUACCAGCAGUGUAGAAUCCCAUGUUUCUGCCAAUGAGGUUCACGAAACAAAGAUCAGUGAGUUUGUGCGUACAGUUAUGCUGAAAGAACAGGAGAUCGAUGGUUUGCAACUUUGUACUAGAGAAAUGGAGAACACCGUUGCUGAUAUUCAGAAGGAGAAGAGUCAGUUAGAGGAACGUUUGGCAGCAUCACUUGAAGAAAGUAGCAUGACUUCAAAAUUGUUGGAUGAAGCGCGGGAAGAUCUCCUUGUGCUUAGCAGCAGUGUAGAUUCCCAUGUUUCUGCCAAUGGGGUUCUCGAAACAAAGAUCAAUGAGCUUGUGCGUACAGUUAUGCUGAAAGAACAGGAGAUCAAUGGUCUGCAACAUUGUACGACAGAAAUGGAGAACACUAUUUCUGAUAUUCAGAAGGAGAAGGAUCAGCUAGAGGAACGUCUGGCAGCAUCACUUGAAGAAAGUAGCAUGACAUCAAAAUGCUUGGAUGAAGCGCGAGAAGAUCUCCUUGUGCUUACCAGUAGCGUAGAUUCUCAUGCUUCUGCCAAUAAGGUUCUCGAAACAAAGAUUAGCGAGCUUGAAAGCCGCAAAGUUGAACUAGAGUUGCUUGUAACAAAGCUGGAACAAGAGAAUAUUGAGUUUUCCGAGUUCAUAUCUGAACUAGAGGCUCAGUUGACUUCUCUCACAAGUGAAGAGGAGUCAACCAGGCUAGAAAUGGAUUAUUCUAUAGCACUUAUCGCAAAUCUUAAGGAUUUAGUAGAACAGCAGCAAGCAGAGAUGGAAGCUCAAAAGCUGGAAAUGAAGCAAAAGCAUUUGGAGUCCCAAACUAGAUUGUCAGAAGUACAAGAGGAUUCGGAGGCUCUAAGAAGAUCAAAUGCAAAACUACAGGCCACAAUUGAUAGUGUUGCUGAAGAAUGCAGUUCUCUUCAGACUCUAACAACUGACCUAAAGAAGCAGAAGCUGGAAUUACAUGACCAUUGUGCACAGCUGGAGCAGCAAUUAGAUCAAUCAAAAAGGAAGACAAUGGAUUUGUUCGAAACAGCAGAGUUCCUAGAGGCAAAACUCUCUACACUUCAAAAAGAGGUAACUUUAAAAGAGCAAUCUUUGCUUUCAGAGCUGGAGAAUAUAUUCCAGGAGCACAAGGAACACGAAGAAAGGAUAAAUAGUGCACAUUUCCUUUUACACAAGAUAGAGAACGAAAAGAUUGGUGAAGUGAAGAAUCUUGAGAGGGAGGUCAUGAGCCUUACUGCACAGCUGUCCUCCACAGACGGGGAGAAAGAAAGUGCCGCCUUGGAUAGCAUACAUGAGGUCUCCAUCCUGCGAGCAGACAAGGCUAAACUUGAGGCUAACCUUGAAGAUGUCAGUGCACAAAUGAGACAUUAUCAGUCUCAGUUGGAAGAUCUUCGUACAGAGUCUAAAACCAAAAUUAAAGGCCUGAUUGAUUCGCUUAACGCAUCCAAACAUAAUGAGGAAACACUGACAACAGAUGUUGAGCAUAUGACAAGAUUGAUGGAAGCUGCUAGAUCCAAUGAAGAAAACUUAAGGAAAACUUCAGACGAACUAGAGUUGAAGUAUAAAUCCAGUGAUUAUGAGAAACAGGAAGUAAUGGAGGAAAUUUCUGGACUAAAAAUCCAGGUUAGCAAAAUGGCAAGCAUCCAAGAUGAAGUUUUCAAACUACAAAGUUCUCUUGAUCAGGCUAAGUUUGAAAAGACAAAAUUAGAAGAGCGUCUGCAGUCACUAUCUGAAGAAUGUGAAGAACUAAAGGUGCAGAAUGCCAUGUUAACAGACAAAGUCUCUUGUAUCCAGAGUACUUUGCAUGAUGCUGAUGAAGAAAAUCGUCAUAAAUCCACUCAAGCAAAGCUUGUAGUAAAUAAGGGUAAUGACGACGCUGCUAAUGACAAUGGAGGUACUCAUGUUAAUGAAGAUCUAGACAUUCACUCAAAGCUAGAAUUACUGGAGACUAGACUUGCUGAUGCAUUGGAGGAAAAUAAAUCAUAUAGGGCGCAGCUGCAAAGUCCAACGGGAGAGGGACAACUCAGUAGCAGGGAUGAAAAGGAUAACAAGGAUGGGAACAGGAUAGCACAACUGGAGUCAGAGCUAAAAGACAUGCAGGAUCGGUUACUCAACGUGAGCAUGCAAUAUGCAGAAGUGGAGGCUCAACGAGAAGAACUAGUUAUGGAGUUGAAAAGUGCAACUGCAAGGAAGGGACGAUGGUUCUAGGGGAUGACGAGCAACUGUGUGCCAUAACCGUAAGGCCCACAGUCCACAGUACAGAUAAUGUGUCAUAAAAUUGGGCUAAACUACACUUAUCAAGUGAUGUGUGAGCGUGAGUACAUCAAUCAGUUUUUAUGUCCUCAUAACGACAUGGUUGUCUAAUUAUCAGGACAUAUUUUGUCGACGUCGGAGGGUACCGGCAUUCCCAGACAACCACCGUGCAAGAGCUGAGUAAUUCCAAGCAAGUGCAGAACUGGAUAUGUGCUCUGAGCUGCACCGGAAGCUGUGCCCCCAAAAGAAUAAAAUGCUCAUGGUUCUCACUUCUCAGGUCUCAGUGAUGAAGCAAUCACAUGGCAACAACCAUUCACAGUUAGCAGUUGGGAGGCCCUACUACACUUAGUCUCAACCGAUUAUUAGUUAUCACAAGCAUAUGUGGUGCUAGGGGAUAGCCUACAAUUCAUCGGUUCAUAUAACCACACAGACCACUCUUCCCUUUACACAGAGCCAACAUAACCGUUGGUUAGUUCAUCUUUGUAAAUUAAUCAACUGCUGAUAAGUGUAGUUUCUCUUGCUGAA